CCUUCUCUUUCUGCUCCCUUUUCAUUUUGCUCCCUAAUCAUCCAGACAGACCAGCUUGUGCCGCGCAGCCAGCCAGCCACAAGCAAUAGGUAUUCUCUCCACAUGUCUGUGCAGGUUUAUUUUUUAUUUAAUUAUAUAAUUAUCGUUAUAUAACAGUUAAGAGUCAAGACAUCUGCACGUUUGACCGAAAACAGCUUGACAUUUUACGGAAACCUCCAAGCUCCUCCAUUGUCCUGCUUUCCAGACGCAUCCUAACAGUAAUACCACCACAUCCACUACCACCCCCUCCACCACCACCGACACAUCACCACCACCACCACUGACACACCAACAUCACCCUUAUCAUGCUGGCAGUCUAGGCCUGUCUCCCAAGCUGUGUCCCACUCGAGACUGAGGCAGCUUCUCCCACGGAGCUCCACACCCCCAGGGGGACCACCACAGAGAUGGCUGAUUCCGACCCCUCGUCCCCCUCCGAUCCACCACAGCCUCUGAGCUCCCCCCGUACUCCCCUCUCCCUGUCCUUCCCCUUCCUCAGGCAGGGAAGUCGGGUGUGGGAAAGGGAGAGGAAACCCCCCUUGAUGCCAGGCGAGCUACCCAGCCCUCUGCCCACCAAACGCACCCGCACAUACUCAGCGACGGUGCGGGCCAGAUCAGGCCCAGUGUAUAAGGGCGUGUGCAGGACCUUCUACAGGUGCCAGGGUCAUGGCUUUAUAAAGCCCUCCAAUGGUGGAGAGGAUAUCUUUGUACACAUCUCUGAUAUCGAUGGAGAAUAUGUUCCGAUGGAAGGCGACGAGGUCACGUACAAAGUCUGUUCCAUCCCCCCCAAGAACCAGAAGAUGCAGGCGGUGGAGGUGAUCAUCACCCACCUGGCCCCAGGAACCAAGCAUGAGACCUGGUCUGGACAGAUCAUCAGCUCCUAGACCUCCACCUGCACCUUCAGAGAGGCGUUGUGGGGAAGAGUGGAGGGUGGGGUUGGGGAGGGAAGAGGGAGAAGUGGAGUCCAGGGUAGGGAGAGAAGGCAGGGAAGGAAGGAGCCUGGAGAGGUAAAGGGGAGGGAAGAGGGAGAAGUGGAGUCCAGGGUAGGGAGAGAAGGCAGGGAAGGAAGGAGCCUGGAGAGGUAAAGGGGAGGGAAGAGGGAGAAGUGGAGUCCAGGGUAGGGAGAGAAGGCAGGGAAGGAAGGAGCCUAGAGAGGUAAAGAGGAGGGAAGAGGGAGAAGUGGAGUCCAGGGUAGGGAGAGAAGGCAGGGAAGGAAGGAGCCUAGAGAGGUAAAGGGGAGGGAAGAGGGAGAAGUGGAGUCCAGGGUAGGGAGAGAAGGCAGGGAAGGAAGGAGCCUAGAGAGGUAAACGGGCAAAGGGAGCAGAGGAAGGAGUGAAUAAGUAAAGGGGUUGGAAUGUGGUAAAAGGCUUAAGAUGGUUUUACGUAGGUUUCAGUUGGAAUGUGAAUGAGGAAAAGUAAAAGAUUUAAUUUUAAGAAAAAAUAUCAAGGUUAACUUUGAUUUAAGAUUAAAGGUUGAUGGUUUAUUUAAGAUAAUUUAAAAUAGCAGGAGUCGAGUAAGUUUAAUAAAUCACUGUUGUAGGGAAAACGUGAAACAGAGCAUCAAACCUUCCUAAAUUGUAUUGUUUUUAUUCAUACUUUUGAUUGAUUGAUUGACUUAUUUAUUUUCCAUUUGUUAUGACAGGUGAGGUAGAUGUUGUUGAUCAGAUUAUUUAUAAAUGUGUGUUUUUGUGCAACACAAUUCACUCUGAUGAUAUUGCCCUGGUAACACCUACUCCUUCAGUCUAAUGUUGACCAAUGACCAUUUAUUCAUCUUUGUAACAGAGUUACUGAUGAUUACUAUAUGUGGUUCAAACCCCAUUUUUUAUCAUUAAAACCAAUGCUAUCCA